AUGAUGCGAGGUGCGAGUCAGCAGCCAAUCAUUGUCCUCUCACAAGGGACAAAACGUGAAAGUGGUCAUCAAGUCCAAAUCGGGAAUAUUACUGCUUGCAAAACAAUUGCCGAUGUUAUCAGAACAUCUCUUGGACCUCGUGCUAUGCUUAAAAUGUUGAUGGAUCCAAUGGGUGGAAUUGUUAUGACCAACGACGGAAAUGCUAUUCUUCGUGAAAUUACUGUUAAACACCCAGCAGCUAAAAGUAUGAUCGAAAUUGCUCGUACACAAGACGAAGAAACUGGUGAUGGAACUACUUCAGUUAUUAUUUUGGCUGGAGAAGUUAUGGCACAAGCCCAACAAUUUUUAGAACAAAAAAUCCAUCCAACCAUCAUUAUUCAAGCUUAUCGCGCUGCUUUGGAAGAGAUGAUUGUUUUGGCUGAAACCAAGUUCAGUAAACCAGUUGAUAUCAAUAAUGAUAAUGAAAUUGCUACUGUCGUCAAAUCUUGUUUGGGAACCAAAAUGAUCAGCAAAUGGAUGGAUCUUGCUGUCAAAAUUUCAAUUGAUGCAGUCAAAACUAUCCGUGUUGAUAAGGGCGGUGUUAACGAAAUUGAUAUCAAAAGAUAUUGCAGAAUUGAAAAAAUCCCAGGAGGAACCAUCGAAGACUCGCAAGUUAUCAAAGGAGUUGUUUUGAACAAGGAUAUUUUGCAUGCUAAAAUGCGUCGUCGUAUUGAAAACCCACGUAUUGUUUUGUUGGAUUGCAAUUUGGAAUACAAAAAAGGAGAAUCUCAAACAUCGUUGGAAAUCAUGCGCGAAGAAGACAUCUCGAAAAUUUUGGAACAAGAAGAAGAAGCUAUUCGCAAACAAUGUGAUGAAAUCAUUGCCUUGAAACCAGAUCUUGUUUUCACCGAAAAAGGAAUUUCCGAUUUGGCUCAACACUUUUUGUUGAAAGCUGGAAUUACCUGUUUGAGACGUCUGAAGAAGACUGACAACAAUCGUUUGUCUCGCGUUUGUGGAGCCAGAAUUGUUCACGAUACUUCUGAUUUGAGACCAGAAGAUGUUGGAACAUCUGCAGAACUUUUCGAAGUCGUCAAAAUUGCUGAUGAGUAAGUAUUAUUCUGUGUUUUUAUUCUUCAUUGUUAUAAUGUUUUUUUAUUUGCAGAUAUUACACUUAUGUUACUGCCAAAGAAACAACUGCAUGCACUGUUGUUCUUCGUGGUCCAUCAAAAGAUGUAAUCAAUGAAGUUGAACGAAAUCUUCAAGAUUCUCUCCACGUUGUGCGAAAUGUUAUGAUCAACCCAAGACUUGUUCCAGGUGGUGGAGCAUUAGAAAUGUCUUUGGCUCAAGCUAUCAAAGAAAAAGGAACUAAGAUCGAAGGAGUUCGACAGUGGCCAUUCAAAGCUAUUGCUAUUGCUUUGGAGGUAACAUUUCUAUUUAUCUUUUUUUUUAAUUUCGUAUAAAUUACAAAUUUUUAAAGGUUAUUCCACGUACAUUGGUUCAAAAUUGCGGUGGAAGCACCAUUCGUCAAUUGACUGCGUUGAGAGCUAAACACGCACAAGCUGCUGAAAACUGGACUUGGGGAAUUGAUGGUACAACUGGUGAUUUAGUUGAUAUGAAUAAAUUAGAUAUUUGGGAUCCAUUGAGUGUACGACUUCAAGUUUUGAAAACCGCUGUUGAAACAUCGGUAAGUUUACUAUUUUCUAUUUGAAAAUCACAAUACAUGUUUUUAUUCUAUAUAUGAAACAUCUUUUUUUUUUGAAAUCAAUAACAAAAAUAUUGAUACUAAAAAAUUUAUGCGCUUUUUAUAGGCAGAUUUUGGCCUCUCAGAAUGUUUUAUUUGCCCAAAAAGAUUUGGUAUUUCGCAACAUUGUAUUGAUUUUUCAAAAAAGAAAGAAACAUUUUUUGACUCCACUCUUUUUUUCCAAUUUUACAUUUUCUAGGUCAUGCUUCUCCGAAUCGACGACAUUGUUUCUGGAACCAAAAAAUCACAAGGCCAAGAAAGACAAGAAGUUAUGCCACAAUAA